UAUUUACUGUUUGCACUUUGUUCAGGAUUUCCAGAAAUACAUUUCUCAUUUGUCUACAUAUAGAAUUGCUUUUUAGAAUGUCUUUAGAAUGGGGAGCAUGAACUUUCAGCUCAUAUAAUUUUGUUGGUUAACGUUUCUUUUGAGUGUCAUAUACAUUUUGUAAAUUCUCCGUUACAUCACUUACACAUUGCGCAAUGAAAAUAAUCGUAUCCUACAGCGCAACCUGCUGGCCGAAGUAACAUCGCCAUUCGCACAAAAAAUCGUGGUAGUGGGCAUUCAUUGGCAUUUGAAUGCGUUAAAACUUAUACAUAAUGUAUUUCAAAGAGAACAGGGUGAUGAAUGUUGAGUUAACCUUGUGAAUUAGUCGUUUAGUGAUAAACACGCAACAAAUUUACGGACAGGGCGAAAUAAAGACAAACUCUAUUUUUAUGUUUACUUCAUUAACACUCAAAGCCUUUUAUUUUAAUGUUACAUUUGUGAAGUCUUAUUGGAGCAAGAGGGUGGCCUAAUUCAUUAUACUGUCACUCUGGGUCUUUCUUUUUUUCGCUCUUGUUGGCACCAGAUGCUAUGCGGGUUAUUUUCGGCGCAGCGGGGCGUGCAAUCUUGAGCACUUUACAACACGCACAGCAGUAGCCAAUUUGCGGUCGCGACUGACAACAGGAAAUGUCAUCAAUUUCACAAACAAAAGUCCCUCUAGUUAAUAUCUUUUUUGGGAACAUGAUAAGAUUGAAUAAAUUUCCAUCAUGAUUGUCUCAAAAUUGAAUUUUCUUUGAAAGCCCAAAUGACCGGACAACAUGUCCGGUCAUCCACGGAUUUGCUCGGACAAUGCUCGAUUCUGACCAGACAUUGUCCGUUGACCGGCCGUUAUUUCAAGCCCUGCUAAAUAUUUCUAUGAUUGAUUUGAAAAUGAAAAUUUAUCACUAAAAGAUGUCUUGGUGUUUCUUUUUUCUUUCAGUUGAAAAGCCAAGAACGUCAUGCAAUGCGUGAAAAAGAUCAUGUCAAACCAGAUGGUUCAACGUUGGAUUAUGAAAAAAAUUUGGUGAAAAUAGCAACUCGAGGAGGUAAUGAUGCAUUAGAAAGUAAAGUCCUCUUGUAAAAUUCCACCAGCUUAUCCCCCUGAGCCAGUUUUAGGGAAUUUGGUGUAUUCUCAGUUUUGAGUUUAGUCAGUUUAAACUUGUUUGGGGUCAGUUCUAAGCUGAAACCUUUCCUUCAGUACAGUCAGUCAAUAUGCCUUUAUCGGUUAUAUAUACAGAUUAUCAGUCAUAUAGUUUAUUCCCUGUUGAACCGAAAAAUGAAUGCCUUCUUAGAGUACAGCCUGAUGCUGUCAAACUUCCAUCCUAGGGGGAUACUCCUGAUUUCAAUGGGACAAAAUGGGGGCAAAAAUCAAAACCCAAAAAAAUCCCUGGACCAAAAUAUAACCCCUAAAAAAUCCCAGGCCGAAUUUCCGAGCCAUAAACAUUUCCAGAAAGCAUAAAUUGAUAUAGGUAAUACAGAAACUAGAGACAUUAGUAAUGUAAUGUUUGUGUUUGUUUAUUCAUUGCACCAUCUGGAGUAAGAACCUUUUUUGCAUCUGGUGGUCAUAAAACAGUCGCAAAACAAGUUUGAUUUUAACUUUAUUCCCGAAACUACGCGGCCAGGAUACACAGGAACUAUCACAAAUCUUCAGAUUGUUUUAAGUACCUAAUUAAAUACGUGCCAAAAUUUUCCUUCCCCAAAAAAUCACAAAAUUAAAAAUUGGGAGUUACCCCCCCCCCUGGGAUGUCAGUACCAUUAAUAAGGCCCAGUUAGGGUACAAUUCCAACAAGUGACAUGGCCUAGAAACAGUGACAUAGAUGAAAUGGCAACAAACGACAUAUUGAUGGGUAAGAUACCAACAGGGACAUGGCCUACUAUUAAAAACGCAAAACAACUGUAUUUAAAAUUCAGACCAGGAACAUACUGUACGUACCGUUCCUUAGAGGGCCUCAUUAAUAUGGAUCAUCGUUGUCAGUUCUCGGUAACUAGUUUAUUACCCAGGGGAGGGACCUGCCCUUCUUACCCCUUCCAUUACACCAAAACUGAUAGUCUAUGAGGCCUGCAGGGCCUCCACCUCCUCUCAAGUACCUCCUUGAGGCCCUCUUAGAGGGAUUACAUAUGUCCCCAGUCUGAAUUUCAAAACUUGUUGUUUUUCGUAUUGAGGAGGAAGCCAUGUUGCUGUCAAUAUUUUACUAUUGUAUUUGCAAUUUUCUCUGUCGCUGUUACUGUCACAGUUUUGGCCUAUCUUUGUGUCAUUUCUUGUCAUUUCUGCUGUCCUGUGUCGCUGUUUCAAGGCCAUGUCACUUGUUGGAAUUAUACCCUAACAUGUCCUCCUCCUUGUGACAAUGUCUGGAUCCUGUGCUUCUUCUGUUGGUCUCAAAAAUACCAAACAUAAUGUACUUUCUCUACCUCGAUCAUUCUCUCAUCCUGUUGCCACCUCUGUAAAGUAGACGUUUCAGUCUGUCCCCAUGGUGUGUGUAUUAACGAUUGCUAUACAGGGUAACUGCUUGCUAGACACAUUCUUUAAACCUGGAUGAUAGAUGUUUGCUCUAAAUGAACCUGCUUGGUGUUUGCAUUUUUCAGAUUAAAAAAAUCCAUUCUAGAUUUUAAAAAAUAUUAAUGUAAAACCUGCAAUGCUUGUGAUUUGAUAUUAACAAACAGAGUGGAUCAGUCCAAUCUGGUCUGUAAUCAUAUGAGUGAUUAACAAAAUAGCCCCUGUUCGAUAUAUUAAAAUUCUAACAUGACUGCCAGGCUUUAGGGUCAAAAUUGCAAAUGUUUUUACAACUCCAUUGUCUCGUGAUUCCCAGAAGAGAUGUGAGCACAAAGAAAAUCAAACGAAAUUUAGAAAUAUGACCUGAAAGCCUCGGAUACAGGCUAGAAUUUUAAUACAUUGAACGUAGGCUAUUAGACAACAAUGUAGUAGGAGUCCAAUUCGUUUAAUCAUGAGUAUGAUUACACACCAAAUUGGGCAACAUGAAUCCUUUUUACCAAUGAUUCAUUACUGUGAAUAAAUUUGUGAUAAUUAAAGAACAAGAUCAUCUGAACAUUUUUUGGUAGAAGUAAAACAAAAAGCAGACUAUUCAAGUGGAUGCUGAUGUCGCAUACUGUCUAAUUACACUGUCCUAUUAAUGCUGAAAUCAGGUUGCGGAGAACCAAUCAGAUUAGAGAAUUUUGUUAUAGUUAUGGUUAUUGGGAUUAAAGAUUAAUUUCUUUUUUUUAUUUUUAUUUUUGUAAAUCUUUUUUCAGUUGUAAAGCUUUUUAAUGCUGUCAGUAAACAUCAGAAGGAAGUGGAAAGUAAAUUGAGUUCAGCUCCUACAGAGGCUAAAAAAUCCAAAGGUGAGGGUCCUGAAUAAUGAGUGGCCAGGGGACAUAGAGGCCUGCUUUUAAAUAAGAAGCCAUUUUUCUCUCUCAUUUGGCAUAUGAAAUGGUAUGCAUGUGAUCCUCAUUUCUCUCAAAACUGCAUUGUCUAAAGCUCUGUUACCAGUAUUUAUUUUUUCGGUGUGAACUUAGAGUGUCAUGCAAACAUCUCAGCAGAUUUAAAACAGAGGAAAGAUUAACUAAUAAUUCAACAUACCAGUGAGUACUUUAUGCCCCCAGGACUUCGAUCAUAUUUUCUCAGGAAAUCAAUGUGUUUAGAUUAGUUUUAUCUCAUAAAAGAAUUAGGAUGAGAUCCUUCAAGAAUCUUUGUGCAGGAAGUUCAUUGUGUGACCUUGCAUAUCUUUUGACAAGUUCACAUUCAAGGGACCAAGUAGUUGCCCCUGCCUAGGCUUUGAUGUACAAUGUAUAGAUAUCCUUUUCACUCCAGGCCCCGGUUGUUCAAACAUUGGAUAGCGCUGUCCACCGGAAAAAUCACUGUAGUAGGGAAAUCAAUAAUUGUGUUAUCCAGUUAUUAGUGAUUUAUCCACUGUAUGGUGAUAUUUACCUUUCAAACAACCAGCCCUGCCCAGAGCACAUUAUCGCAAGGUUUUGUGUCGCACUAACUUUUUAAUCUGUGGAUGAAAUUCUUUGGUGUUACCAUUCAAAUGAGACCUCUAUGGAAUAACUUUUGCACAGUGCUAUAUAAUUAUAAUCUUCUUAGGAUUUUUCAAAACAAUUUUUUUUUGCCUUGCCCAGGGUUUAGACACACCUUUAUUUAGUGUUUCCUACAAAUUUUAGGAUCGUACAAUGUUUUUUUAACCCGUACAAACACUGUAAUUUUACUGGAACCGUACUGUGGUACUAUCACAUAGCUUGGGUUACCUGUGGACUCACAUGAGAAUGUGCAGAACUACAGAAUGAAAUGAAAUGAAAUGAAAACGUUUGGGAUGAUAAUUCAUUUUGCAUUAUAUAUAUGUUGCAGUUCAAUUUUAUCCAUGGGUAAAUUUUAUCUUUCUGUGUUUCAAACCUAUUAUUAUACAUUGCCAUACCCAAAACAAAGGAAAAUUGAACCACAGUCGUAAUUAACUUAGACAUAAGCUUAUGGACUUCCUUCCCAAAUCAUAGACCUUGGUCUUACAAAUUCCUUCCUGGGUUUUAGUGGUCGUAAUUAAUCUUUUUUAGGUCUCAUUGAUAAUGUAAUUUUUAUUUUCUGUUCUCAAAGUUGUAGAAUCGAUGUCCAAAUCAGCUUUUCUUGACAUGCUAAAAAGUAGUUCAGACAAAGCAAGGACUCAGGAAAUUAACAAGGAACAAGUUAAGGUAAUUAGUGUUAUGAUACACAAGUGGGUACCGCCUCUUUAAAUCUCCAAAAACUUUCUUAAACUUCCUUUUGAAUAUAAUUUUCUGUGUGUAUUAAUGAUAUAAAGGUUACAGGAAAUUGUGCAGAAUCUUGUAGACAAAUGUUCAUCGGCAACAAAUGUAUUCAUGUAUAUAAUUAUUUUAAAGCUGUAUUGUUGUUGUUGUUGCUGUUGUUUUCUUUUAAUUCCGAAGAACCUAGUUGGGCUAAAUGACGUUUUUCUCGUUCUGAAGACAAAAUGCACUAUAUUUUGUGCUCUAUUGCCAAUAAUACAUGCUCGGGCUUUGAACAGGAAUAUUGGAAUGAGAAUAACUGAAUUUUUGUUUUGGAAUAAUGGAAUAAUACCCUCUUUUGGGGAGUAAUGGAUUAACGAUUUCCUUUGUCCGCAAUGAGUACAAUGUAGAUUUUUUCGAACAGAAUAAUGAGCUUUUUUGACUGGAAAAAUGGAAUAAUGAAAAUUUUCGAGCUGGAAUGUGUGGAGUUGUGAGCACCUCAUUAGGGAGCUUAAGCAAAGACGUUUUUGAGCGACGCACGUCAACCGGAAGUGAGGCCUUCUUCUCUUUUAUAUGCCUUGACUCUAACAAAUUUGCAUUGCUGAGUUUCUUUUCUCUUAUAAAAACGAUUUGCCCGAGAGUUUGAACCAAUCCACUGCCCAAUGAUGCAAAAAGUCCACUUCCGGUUGACGUCCGUCGCUCAAAAACGCUGUUGCUUAAGCUCUCAUUAUUCCUCGUCGCCCCCGAACAUGCACGUUCAGAAAAAACCAUACAAUUAGCACAAGAUUUUACAAAUUAGUUUACCAAGUUUAAAUAGCAUCCCAGUUUUUAAGGCUCAUCGUAGACGUGUUUACCGCGGUAUUUCCUCGAAUAAUAGCCGUCCCUCGAUUAAUCGCCUCCCCCGGAUAAUCGCCCCCCUUUGACGGAAAUAUAUAAAAUAAUAGCCUCCCUCGAAUAAUCGUCUCUCCCCCGCCCGUCUCGCCAUCUUCUCUUCAUUUUAUCCCCUCCCUGUCAAGUUGAAGUGCCAAGUGAUCUAUAGCUAGCAAAACUGAUCAGUGACGAUUCAAGCUCUGAAAAUCAAUAAAGGAAGUAAAUUUGGAGCACUUAAAAAGCCCAUGUUGAGUUUAUUUGAUGUGAUUUUUUUUUAUUUAAUGAGAAACUGAAAACAAAAUAUUUGGGUCACGACUUACUUCCAGUGAGCAAUAUUUGAAAUACUCGCAUUCCCUCGAAUAAUCGCCCCCUUUUUAUGCGAAAAAAGAAAUAAUCGCCCCUGGCUAUUAUUCGAGCAAAUACGGUAAUUAAGGAAAGGAGAAUCUCACCGUCUAUCUGCUUAUGGAAGCGAAUAGAGAAACUCUGGGUUUUCGCCGAUAAAUACUUGCUAAAAACAAACAAACAUCUGCAGCAAGUGCUCUUACACUAAGAUGCAAUAGAAAUUGCUAAAUUAAUCAGAGUGCUUACGCUCGAUUUCUAUUGGCUUUGAUAGUUGACUCGCUUAUUCGCCUCCCGUGACAUUUUUGCUUCCCUGCUUGCAGAGUCUACUUUUCAGUAUACAGUAUUGUAGUGAAAGGUAGACUCUGUUAUAGAAAAGGGAAAGAUAGACCUUACAGCAAGGAAACUUCUUCCGAAAGAAAUCGAUAGAGGGCCUUCUUGUUGCAAUUAUCACAGUCAUGGGCGUAGCGUGAGAGUUUUACGGCUUACGCACGGAAAGAAAAGUUACCGUGCAAAAGGUGCUCCAAACUAUAGGGGGGUUUGGGGGGCAUGCUUCCCAGGAAAAUUUUGAAAUUUAGGGUUUCGGAAAAAAUAUUUUCCAGCUUUCAGUUGUACGCACGGGCGUAUGUUCGCAUGUGGACGCUACGCACCUGACGGUUAGUUAAAUUGUCGCCAUAUAGCCCUGGGAGUCUUGGUAGGCUUCGUUCCGGGGUCCAAUCCCCCCCUCCCCCGCAAUUCCUUACCCCUUACACUCUUAUUGCCAUUACCCUUUUCACAUACCUACAGAAGGACACUGUAUCCCCUUUACCUGCUGUUACUGGCCCGUCUUUUAGGAUGAACAGAUCGUUACAACACGGGAAAUCUUCCUGUCAUUUCCACAGCCAUAAGAUGCGUCUUAAAUACGGAAAUGAAGUAUCUUCCUGAUCCCGGGCUGAAUAGCGUUUUUACUGUCGUUUCGUUUUCUUGUUUCAGGCAAAUGAGCGCGCUGAAAAACCUGACUUGUCUUCUACUUGGAAUAUUUUACGAGACGACUUUAUGAUGGGUGCGAAGAUGAAAGAUUGGAACAGAGAGGAGCAACCAACGAAAAGCAAAGAUAAAAAGCUCACGAACAUAACUGAUCAUGAACUCGAAAUGAAUAACGCGGAUUUUUAUGAAGAUUCUGAUGAUGGCGACAAUGAAGAUUCGGAAUCGAAUUCAGAAUAGGAUUAGACCUUUGGACAGGAUUUGGAUAUCAGAGCUAUGCAGAAAAUACCAAUAAUAUUAUUCUUUGAAAAUUCCUGCCGUUCGAAGAGACUUGCUCGGUUACCGGUCGUGUCGAUACUAAGUUGUUUCCAUGCAUGCAGGUCAUUUCGAUAAAAAUUUAUUUAUUCGAGGUGUUCAUAGUUCCACGUACUUGGCUUAAAGAACGAAGAUAUUCAACCAAAAUGUUUUUCUUGUUCCCUGGCAAACUAUACUUGAAGUGAACAAAAUUUUGUGCCAUAUUUUUUUACUGCUUGUCAUUAGUUUGUAUCGAAACGACCGGUUUCCGACUUGUUCCCUUCGUUUUUACCAAGUCAAGUCGAAUUAACCGGUUAACACAGAACCACUAAAACAAAAGUGCCGCAAAGGUCAUCUAACAACAAGACCAUCAUUAGAAAAUUUGUUGACCAAACAGCAUUUGCCUCUCAACAUUGCUGAUCAAAUAGCGGAACCUUUAUUUGCGUUCACCAUGUUUGCUUUCGGGCUAAAAAACCUUCUCAAACCCUCGAACACGCGGACUAUCCACGGGCACAGGGGCUUCAUUUCUCCUGCAAGCAAUUAGUUUUAUCAGUUUGUAAAUAAACUAAAC